AUGGAUUGGUUUAACAGCGACCAAUGCCAGAUGGACGAUUUCGUGAACUCCCAGAACUGGCAAGUGCCGCCGACACCCGAUCCAGAUGAAACGCCUAGUCCCGGGCUGCCUACCAAUAUGGACAUGGAAUCGCCAGUUAGCACUGAUGAGUACGCUAUCAGCGAUAUGGAGCCCGCUCAACGGAGGGGCAAGGGCAAGGGCAAGGUUGCCGAUGAGGAUGGGCCGAAGAAGUAUAGUCCGCAGGAGACAAUGUGGCUGGCCAAGAACUAUGUCGACGUCUCCGAGGACGCUAUGGUCGGCAACCAGCAAAGCGGCAAAGUGUUCUGGCAGCGGAUUGCAGAUAAGUACAACGUUGGUCGACCCGAAGGCUCGUUCGAGCGUACCUACGUGAAGCUACGCAAGCAUUGGGGUCGGGUACAGAAGGAGAUUAACAAGUGGAAUGGCAAGUGGACUAACAUAGUCCGGAUGUGGCCGAGCGGGCACAACGAGAUGGACCUUGUGGACAAGGCCAAGGCAGAUUACUUCGUUGACGGGAAGAAGCACUUCAAGUACUUCGAUGUUUGGAAGCUUGUCGAGAAGAGCCCGAAGUACACUGGUGGGGCUGAAGCGGCAGCGAAGAGAACCAAAGUCGCCGCCGGGCACUACACUUUGAGCGAAGGAGGUCCGCAACGUGACAGACGAUGA